AUGGAUUUCGGGAUUCCUUCGUUCAUGGAUCCUUCUUCCGAGUCGAGGACCAGCAGGGAAGUUGUCACAUUCCUCGGCCUAGCCUUCUCUCUUCUCGUGCUUUACUCCGGUCAGAGAUGCUUAUUUGGAACCCGUGGAACUAAACUUCCCCUGCCGCCUGGCCCUUCCCUACUUCCAAGCUCAAUUCCUGAUCGAGAUAUCUGGCGAACCUUUCAACAAUGGCACGCCAGGUAUGGCCCAAUAAUCAGCCUGAAAGUCGGGGCUCUCACAGUCAUCAUUCUGGGAGAUCGCCAAACAGCCCAUGCUCUACUGGAUAAACGUGGCAGUAUCUACAGCGACCGUCCAAAAUCUAUAUUUGUCGAUAAAUAUUUCGACCGAGGAUUCUUUCCAGUCCUAGCUCCGGCUAACGAUUAUUGGCGACUUCACCGGCGAUUACAUACAGCGCUGUUGACUACGAAGGCAUCGGAAACAUACCGUGACAUCCAAGAACUUGAAAGUAAACAGCUGCUGUUUGAGAUGCUGUCAUCUCACGACUACAAAAGAACCUUUCAUCGCUUUGCUGCAAGUGCUAUGUUUACGCUUGUGUAUGGAAAGGGCCUGUCAACUGACGACUUGGGCAUGAACGAGAUACGAGAUAUGGAUGAGAUGGUUGAGCUCGGUGUCCAGGCUAUCUCCAUUGGAAGCUUCUUGGUAGACGCAUUCCCAAUUCUCGAUCGCCUGCCAAGGUUUUUCUCUGGAUGGAAGAUAGCUGCAGAGCGAGCUCACUGUAACACCAAAUCUGCUUUUACCAGAUGCAUCAACAUAGGCUUCUAUGAGGAUGGCUGGAACUGGAGCCAAGAAGUUAGCCAGAGAAAAGAAGCCCAGAGGCUGACCCCUGAUCAGCUUGCCUAUAAUCAAGGAGAGUUGUACGUCGCAGGAAGCCACUCAGCCCGUAUGGUUAUGGACGUAUUCGUCUUGACGAGCAUCCUUCAGCCAGCUGCUGUGAAGAAAGUUCAACAGGAACUUGAUCGUGUUAUCGGCUCUGAACGCCUACCAUUAUUCGAGGAUAUGGAAAGCCUCCCAUAUAUGAAUGCCUUCAUCUUGGAGAUUCUGAGGUGGCGCCAAACAACACCACUUGCGGUGCCUCAUGCCGCCGCAAAGGACGACGAAUAUAUGGGCUAUGGGAUUCCUGCGGGUUCAAUCGUCAUCCCAAACCAGUGGCAAAUGAAUAUGGAUACCGAGAUAUUCGAUGAUCCCGAUUCUUUCAACCCUGAUAGAUGGAUUGAGAACCCCGAACUCCCUCUCUCUGUCUUUGGCUUUGGCCGAAGGGCCUGUCCAGGCCAGCAGAUUGCUCAUUCUACACUAUUCAUCGCGAUCUCGCGGCUAUUGUGGGCGUUCAACAUCACAUCCCCAGACAAAGACCUGAAAAAGCAAUUGGCAGAUCAUUCGGGUCGCUUAGGUGCUGUCUACGUUCCUUCAAAGAUCAACACCUCCUUCGAAAUCUGA